AAAUAGUUUCUAAUUUGGUCUCUUUAUAUUUACACUUUUUGCAUAGACAAGAGUCAAGAUUAGUCCCCUCUUUGCCCCCUCAACCACCUUCUUCUUCUCUCCAAUUUUCUAUUAAACUAAAAAUAUAUAGUAGUACUAUAACAACAAACCCCAACUAUCUUACUAUCUCAUUAGUCCCACCACAAUUCUUCUCUUUUAGCUCCAAGAUUGCUACUUUUUUGCUGUUUAAAAUUGAAAAAAAUAAUACCCAAAAUUUGUUUUUGCUGCAAAGCUGCAUUCUUGGAGUUCUUUUUUUGGCUUCAAGAUUGUUGCUUUUUUGCUAGAGAAUGAAGUUUUUGCUGUUUAAAUAGUGAAAAAACACACACCCAAGAUUUGCUUUUGUUGCAAAGUUGCAUUCUUGGAGUUAUAUUUGGCUUCAAGAUUGUUGCUUUUUUGCUGUUUAUAUAGUGAAAAAAAAAGAACACCCAAGAUUUGUUUUUGCAGCAAAGUUGAAUUUUUGGUUUUGCUUUUUUGUGUUUGAAGAAGUAAAAUGUGUGAUACUAUGGUAAAAGAGACACUUAAGAGUCUUUGUAGAAGCCAUGGAUGGUCUUAUGGAGCUUUAUGGGGUUUUGAUCAGACAAAUUCUUUAUUAUUAACUUUGCAAGAUGCAUACUAUGAGGAACAAAUGGGAUCUGUGAUUGAUGAAAUGCUUCUGCAAGUCCAUAUUCUUGGUGGAGGGAUAAUUGGCCAAACAGCAUUUAAUAAGAAGCACAAAUGGAUGUUUUCAGAAGCUAAUCAUGAAAAGCAGAUGCCCAUUGGAUCCUCUAAUAAUUCCAACUUAUUCCUGGAUGAUAAUGAGUUUCAACAACAAUUUUCAACUGGGAUAAAGACAAUUGCUGUAAUCUCUGUCGAACCAUUGGGUGUUCUGCAAUUUGGUUCUACUAAUAAGCUUCAAGAGAGGACGUGUUUUGUGGAUCAAGCAAGAAAACUUUUCCAGGGGAUAGGAGGAUCACCGACUUCAUCUAUCUGCGAGAAUCUGCAUUUUGUGAAUUCCAAAGUUUUGCCAACUGCAAACAAUGAAAGUUUAAUGAAGGAAUCUUGUUUUCUAGAAGAUCUCAUUCAGUCGGUAACAUGCAAUGCGGAAAAUCAGAUUAUGGCUUCUGAUGUAGCUAUAACGUUUUUGAGUGAAAACCAGUUUGAGAAUGUGAAUCAGUUCAAUUAUUGCAGCAGCCAAUUUGAUACUCAACUACAGCAAGGAAUGUUCCCAUCUGCUGAUUUCUUUACCGGCUCCCACGGCUUCCAAGAUUCCUUUCUUACAUCAACGUGGGAAGAUCUACCAUCAGAUAUGAGCAUACAAGAUUUCAAUUAUGUCCUUCCCACGGUGCCAAACCUUUUUGAAUAUGGCACAGGGGCAGCUCAAAGCUUUCAUGAGGGCACAGCAUUCGGUUCCUUAGGUGGAUUUGGAGUAUUUGCUAAUGAGGAUAAGACAACCGAGCAGUAUUGCACAACGUUGCUGAACCAGGAUACUACUGGCCCUCUAAAUGGAUAUAUAGUUCAAUGUCCUGUCAACCAGAGGAAUGAUGGAGCAGUUAGUACUAUCAACGAUAACUUCUUAGAUACGAUGGGGAUCUUCUCAGCCUCUGCUAGUCUAAAUGAGCAGCUUAGGUUUAAUGCAGACAGUGAUGCUUCUGUUUCAAUUCAAAGUUCGAUCACCAAUGCCUUUGAAACUGUUGAAAAAGCGAACUGUUCAAACAUGUCUCCCCUUGAGAAAAUGACUAAUUUAGUUGGUGUAAAGCAUGAAUCUAAAAAUCCAUGUAACUGGGGUGAUCUUUUGAACCCUGUUAUAAGCACUUCCAACUCUGGAUUGACCUAUAGUAAUGCUAGUGAAUUCAGAUCUAGGCCAGCUAACAGGUUAUUCUCCAAACUGGGAUUAGACCAGCUUCUGGAUGGCACCUUGAGCGGCUCUUGUUCGUUUGCUGGAUCUGUUUCCAAUGAUCAGUUGUCAGAAACAAGUAAGAGAAGAAGAGUAGGAAGUUCUUCGGGAUGCAACUAUCUUCCAAAGGCCCUUGGUUUUUCUAGCUUUGAUAGAAAUACAAAGUUGGUGCAGCCUGAAUGUGAUCUAGAUAGGACAAGCAACCUCGAAACCAAGAGUGAGGUCAUCACAAAAUUGGAUGCAAGUACAUUAAUUGGAGAUAGAUGCAGCAUCAAUGCCCGCAAUACCAUUUUACCAGUUAAGGGCAAUGAAAAAACCUCAAAGCCUACCAAGAAGAAAGCUAAACCAGGAACUCGGCCUAUUCCUAAGGAUCGGCAGCUGAUCUAUGAACGUCUUUCAGAGUUGCGAGGGCUCAUCCCCAAUGGCGAGAAGAUGAGCAUUGAUCGCUUAUUACACAGAACUGUAAAGCACUUGCUUUUCUUGCAAGGCGUCACUAAACAUGCUGAAGGACUCAAAAAGACUGAAGGUUUGAAGCAGGAUUCAAAAACUCCGUUCAACUCCAAGGCUAAUGGCACUGGAGUUACAUGGGCAUGUGAAAUUGGCGAGCAAACAAUGGUUUGUCCACUGAUAGUUGAGGACCUUAGUACACCUGGUCAAAUGCUUAUAGAAAUACUCUGCAAUGAACAAGGUUUCUUUCUGGAGAUGGUCGAUAUAAUCCGAGGCUUUGGCUUGAACAUAUUGAAGGGAGUGAUGGAGUCUCGUGAGACAAAGAUGUGGGCGCACUUUGUUGUUGAGGCCGAGGGUAACAGGCUAGUAACAAGACACGAGCUUUUUUCAUCCCUUGUUCAGUUUUUACAAUUGACGAGUGCAAAUGAAGUCGGUAUGAAUAAUCAGCUUCAGAAUGUAUCCGGUCCAAGGAAUGCUCUAAUAAACGAUUGCCCAAAUUCUUCUGCACCCAUGUCUGGCAUCUUACCUGAAACAGUUCGUUGUGUAAGAUAGCGAACACUGCAAUUACUAUUCUUUCUAAAAAGGCAACAAGCCGACACUUCCAGACAAGGAAAUGUGCACAAGUAGAUGCCAUUUUCUGAUUUCAUCUUCGAUGCAUAGUGAAGUAAAAACUUGUUCGGGUGCAUCGGUGUUUGUGCAAACAACUUAAGGGAUGUUGAGAAGGAGCAUACUGAGAAGAAGGUGUCUCAAAGAGUUUUUCCCUUCUCAAGAUUGCUCCUUUUUCCCUUUAGGAUUAUCUUCUUUUUUCUCUCUUGUCAGAGUUUGUUUAUAUGUUGAAGCUGACUGACUAGCUAGGUAGUUAAGGGUUACUUUCUGAUUUUACUUUUUCAAUUUCUGUUGUUUCUUCUGUAACUAACUAUGAAACAUGAAUUACUGAGAAAUGUUAUUAGUCUUUGCUUCUGAGUUC